AGUACUAAAGGAGCGGUGUGUCAGUAAUGUCUUCAGGAAAAUCUAUUGUAGUGUUUAUUCACACUUCCGUCCAUUAAAUAUUUGAAUGAACAGUUAUUGUGGUGGGAAACCUAAAUCAGAAUUUCAGGAAGUGGGUGAUUAAAGAAAACACUUGGGAGUGUGAAAAGUGGACCAGAAUAGCGCGUGCGCUGAUGACACAGAAAUAGACUUCGGAGCUCCUCCUCAUUUGACUUACAGGAAGACCGAACAAACCUGCUGCAGUUAGACCUGAGCGGACGAACGUCCCUCUGCACGGGAAAAGUGAUGUGGGCUCAAAAAGUGGGGGAACAGCUGGGCCACCCAACGCGAUCAGUAGUAGGAUGGCUGGUCAGUAAGUUCCUCAAAACGUACAACCAGGUCCUCGAGGAGAAUGCUGUGCGGCUGAGUGGGAUCCAGCCGGGGGACACAGUGCUGGAACUGGGUCACGGCCCGGGUUUGGGUCUACAGUCAGCAGCCAAACUGCUAACAGAGCCCACAGGCCGCCUUAUAGGGGUGGAUUACUCAGAGUACAUGCAUCAGAUGGCAAGUGAACGACUGAAGGAACUUGUGGCACGUGGGAAAGUGACACUACAUCACUGUGAUGUCGCAGCAUUGCCGCUGGCAGACAGCAGUGUGGAUAAAGUCUUCCACUGUAACUGCUACUACUUCUGGCCUGACCUCAAGAAAGGAUCUUCAGAGAUUCACCGGGUAAUGAAACCAGGAGGCCUGAUGGUGACCUCGCUGAGGCUGUCCAGUGUAGCUGCUCUUGCAGCAAAGCGAGUGUUUCCAGGGGAAAACUGGCGUCCGGAGGCCUACAUGGCAGCUCUGAGAGAAUCUGGCUUCACUGAUGUCAGAAUGGAGGACAAACAACACAAACACAUUACUUUUCAGGCUAUCUACGCCACUGCCUUAAAAUAAGAAAUUGUGUAUGCUCUACCCUACUUCUGUGAUUGUGAGACUUUGUAUGUUUGAACUAGUUUUUCAUAGUGUAUCUUUUCAAGUUGGAAAAGCUCUGCACAUAAUCAGAACUGUCAUCUAACUGCUUUGUUGAAUAUUUCCUUGAUGGAAUUACACAAUGGUACACUCUGAGAUACACUUUACACUAUACACUUUUAUUAUAUCAUUAUAAAUCCCAAUGUAGCGAGUAUAUGUAAAGCCAAAUGUUCAAAACAAUUAACACUGGCCUCACUGUUGCAUGUCCAUUAGCCUACACCAAAAUCUUUGGCAAAGUGGUUUCAGACUUUUGGACCCCACUGUAUUUGUAAAACAAAAUCAAAUAAGCAAAUCAAAUAAUGCUGCUGUUACUUAAAUAAAACACUAUGGACUAAGA